AUGUUCCCUUUCCCGAGGAACGUAGCAGCAGCAAUUGCAGUAGAUGAAGCUGCAAGAAAUAUAGCAGCAGCUGUUAAUAAUCAGAGAAUUGAAGCCAACAGGGCCCGGAAUAUUGAGAUGAGAGAAGCUCAAGAUCCAUUUCAUACUCUGGACGAAUUUACGUUUCGAAAAAGGUUCCGACUAUCCAAGGACUUGACACUGUGGCUUCUGGAACGGAUUGCUCCACUGCUCCCUGAUGAAGGUCCAACGUCAGGGGUUCCAAAGAGAAUUCAGGUUCUUGUGACAUUGAAGUUUUAUGCUUCUGGAGAUUUCCAGAUCUCCAUCGGUGACUGUGAAUUCUUCGGCCUAUCCCAAUGCAUGGUCAGCCAGGUAAUAUCUAAUGUUACCGAUGCAAUGACAACAUUGUCAGACGAAUACAUUGUAUUCCCUGACACAGAAGAUCAAUUUCGUGAAAUUUCCGAAGGAUUUCAAGGAAAAGUACGCUUUCCUGGUGUAGUAGGGUGCAUUGAUUGUAUACAUGUGCUAAUGCGAGCCCCAGAUGGAGAGCCUUGGCAUUACAAGAAUUACAAAGGUACUUAUUCGUUGAAUAUUCCAGUCGCCUGUGACCACAGAAUGCGUAUCAUGAUGCACGAAUCUGGCCUCAAUCGAGGGUGA